CUCUAAGAUCCAUCACAUAAAAAUAAAGCAAACAAGCAUGAGUUUGUGGUUACUUUUCUUGCAAGUGACUGUUUUCUGUUUUUCCGUCACCUUACAAGGAGGAAAUGAGACAGACAAACUCUCUUUGAUAGCUUUCAGGGCUCAAAUUGUCGGAGAUCCCUUCGGAGCAAUGAACUCGUGGAAUGAAUCAGUACACUUCUGCGAGUGGUCAGGUGUUACAUGUGGACGUCGGCAUCAGAGAGUUGUAGAGCUUGACCUUCAUUCUUAUCGACUGGUGGGCAGCCUAUCUCCCUCCAUUGGCAACUUGAGUUUUCUCAGGGUGCUAAACCUGGAAAACAACAGCUUCGGCCACAAUAUCCCUCAAGAACUGGGUCAAUUGUUUCGGCUACAGAUGUUGAGACUAGGGAGCAACUCUUUUGGUGGUGAAAUCCCAGUCAACAUUUCACGUUGCUCGAAUCUCCUGAAUCUUGAUUUGGAGCGUAACAAUCUUACUGGUAAGCUUCCUGCACUACUUGGAUCAUUAUCAAAAUUGCAAGUACUCAUUUUUAGAAGGAACAAUCUGGUCGGUGAAACACCACCUUCAUUCGGAAACCUUUCAUCUAUCAACGAAAUUCGUGGAGCAUUCAACAAUUUGCAAGGAAGUAUUCCAAAUACUAUAGGGCAAUUGAAAAGGCUAAAAAUCUUUUCAUUUGGUGUAAAUAAUUUGAGUGGUACAAUUCCUCCUUCCAUAUUCAAUCUCUCUUCUCUUACUAAUUUCGGUGUGCCAAUCAAUCAACUUCAUGGGAGUCUGCCCCCUCAUUUGGGCAUAACUCUUCCAAAUCUUGAAGUCCUUCUACUUCACACCAACCUUUUCAGUGGUGUAAUCCCAGUGACACUAUCUAAUGCCUCAAGUCUCUCUAAUAUUGAAAUUUCAUCCAACUUCUUCACUGGGUUAGUUCCUACCUUAGUAGGAAGCUUGCCUAAUUUGAGGUUCCUGUCAAUUUACUACAAUGUUCUUGGAAAUGGUGAGGACGAUAACCUAAAUUUUCUCUACCCCCUUGCAAACAACACCAUUUUGGAAAUUUUGCUUAUACAUAAUAACAAUUUUGGAGGAGCGCUGCCUGAAAUACUUGGCAACUUCUCCACAAAGCUGAAAUCCAUGAUAUUCGGAGGAAAUCAAAUACGUGGAACCAUUCCAAAUGGGAUUGGAAAUCUCAGAAGCCUGGUUGCGUUGAGCUUCGAAGCAAAUCAAUUGACAGGCAUUAUACCAAGUUCUAUCUGUGAGCUACAAAAUGUCGGUAAUUUGUAUCUUAAUACAAAUAAAAUCUCAGGAAGUAUCCCAUCGUCAAUAGGAAAUAUGACUGCUUGCGUUGAUGUUGAUUUAUCACUCAACAAUUUACAAGGAAGCAUCCCGUCGAGUUUUGGAAAUUGCCAGAACUUGUUGGCUCUGACUCUCUCUCACAAUAAUUUGAGCGGUCCUAUACCCAAAGAAAUCACAAGUAUUACAUCCUUGUCAUUGUAUUUAAAUCUGUCAGCAAAUCAGCUGACAGGUUCUCUUCCCUUUGAAAUAGGUAAGCUAGAGAAUCUUGGUAAGCUAGAUGUUUCUAAAAACAGGUUAUCAGGAGAGAUUCCCCUUGGUCUUGGCAGCUGCACCAGUUUGGAGUUUUUGGAUUUGGGGGAGAAUGUUUUCGAAGGGUUCAUUCCCAAGUCUUUGAGUUCUUUGAGAGCACUUUACGCUCUUGAUCUCUCUCAUAACAACUUGAGUGGCCAAAUUCCAGAGUUCCUGGGAGACUUUAAGUUGUUAAAGAGUCUGAACCUGUCAUUUAAUGACCUUGAAGGUGAGGUGCCCAUGCAAGGUGCCUUUGGCAAUACUAGUGUGGUUUCCAUUACAGGAAACAAGAAGCUUUGUGGAGGUAUACCUCUAUUGAAUCUGCCUAGAUGCACAACCAAUGAGUCUGUAAAGAUGAAAUCUUCAAUCAAGAAGAUACUGAUCAUUGCAAUGUCUGGUGGAUUUCUCGGAGCAAUUUUAUUGACUUCAUCCGUGCUUUGCUAUUGCUUGAGAAAAACAAAAGGUAAUCCUGCUUCUACAUCUUCUUGGGGGAAAUCAUUUAGGAGAGUGGCGUACCAAGAUCUUCUCCGAGCAACGAAUGAAUUCUCUUCGGCCAAUUUAAUUGGUGUUGGUAGUUUUGGCUCUGUCUAUAAAGGAAUCCUUCCUCCGGAUGGAAUGGCUGUUGCGGUGAAGGUACUUAACCUUCUACGAAGAGGAGCUUCCAAGAGUUUUUUGGCAGAAUGCACAGCCUUGAUCAACAUUAGGCAUCGAAAUCUUGUUAGAGUAAUAACUGCGUGCUCUAGCACUGAUUUUCAAGGUAAUGAUUUUAAGGCUGUAGUUUAUGAGCUUAUGGACAAUGCAAGUCUAGAAGAAUGGUUGCAUUCGACUCAUCAUCAGCCAAACAACGCACAUGAGCCGAGAAGUUUGAAUCUCACUCAGAGGUUGGACAUUUCAAUUGAUGUGGCUAAGGCGUUCGACUAUUUGCACCAUCACUGCCACACGCCUAUUGUUCAUUGUGAUUUGAAGCCGAGCAAUGUUCUGUUAGAUGGUGACAUGAUUGCUAGUGUUGGAGACUUCGGAUUAGCAAGGCUUCAACCAGAAGUUUCCGGUCAAUUAUCUUCUGAUCAGACCAGCUCUGUUGGUUUAAAAGGCACCAUUGGCUAUGCAGCACCAGAGUAUGGUAUUGGAAGCGAUGUGUCUACUUAUGGGGAUGUGUACAGCUUUGGCAUCUUGUUGUUGGAGAUGUUUACAGGCAAAAGACCUACAGACGACAUGUUUCAAGACGGACUGAACCUUCACAAUUACGUUGAAAAAGCACUGCCUGGACGUGUUACAGAAGUUGUGGAUCCGAUGCUUUUCAGAGAAUACGAGGAAAGAAGUCGUGCUCAAUCCUCCUCCUCUCAUAGAAAUAGGAUGAACCAUAUUGAGAGCGGCAAAAUCUUGGAAUGUCUGGUUUCAAUUCUGAAGGUGGGAAUUUCUUGUUCUGCCGAGCUGCCACCAGAGAGGAUGAAUAUGAGCAAUGUUGUGUCUGAGUUGCAGCGGAUUAGGGACUCUCUUUCUCGAAGCAUGAUGCGUGGACAGCAUGAAAUUGUUUCGGUACGGUCACAAGAUUGGUAAAUGAGAACCUCAUCUGUUCAAGGAGUCAAAAAAUUAUCUUAAUAUUCAUGGAAGGAGUGGCGUUGCCGAUGCAUAUGGUUAUCUUCCGGCAUUUUCCAUUUAAGUUUAUAUCCUCUAUGCAUAUAUUUGCUCAAAAAGUGCACAAGUGUAUUGGACAUUAGCACUUUUAACAUAUAUUACGGACUUGUGGUAAUAAAUUUUCUUGUAUUGUAAUAAUUUCUUGAUAGAAAUUUAUGAAGUUGUUAUGGUAUUGCACUAGAAGCUUUUGUCCA